UGGCGAACUAGGAAUAAUGGUAUAAGAGCAGCUGUAGGAACGAGGCGAUCUGCUGCAUCGCUGCAUGCGCUGGCUUAUCACCUUAUUUUUCUUCGGAAUAUACACCUUUACCUGCAGAAUAAGGCAAUUAAUGGCGUCUCCUCCCCCAGCAUACGACACGUCUACUUCUCUAGGUGCAGAUUCGGUAGAUCCUGAUCAAACCACGCACCCGUGGCUAACGCCAACGGCUAUUCUCCCCAGCUAUUCCACCUCAAGUCCUUUAUGUUGGAUGGAGGAGGAAGCUCUAGGAAUUCUUCGAACAUCGCACGAUUUUGACGCCAUCAGACUUAUCUGCAGAUUUGUUCCUAGUUUGGAUCCCUCCGUUGCUGCUGCCUUAUUAUCCGCACGGCGGAAUGGUUGGCUAAAUGCCUUUUGAAGAUCGUUUGCCGGCGUCAAGCCAUCUAAGAGCCUCCUUGCGACUCUCCCAUAUCCACGGCCAAGGCGAUCGUGGAUAUCAUCAGACGGAGACGGUUGUCACCUGCGCCAGA